AUGUCAGCAAUCAAACCUCCUGUUUUUAUACAUGAUAAUAAAAAUUAUUAUAAGAAAAACAAAAUAGUUAAAAAAUAUGAUCAAAUAAAACCAGUUUAUAGAGCGAAUCAUACUUACGAUCUUCGUUUAAUUAUUCUUCGUCAUGCUGAACGUAUUGAUCAAAGUCUUGGUAGUGAUUGGUAUGAUAAAGUAUUUGCUGGUGUUCCAUCAGCAUCUCUACAAGCUUACAAACAUCCAUCAUUACCAUAUCGAUUACCACAUCGUUCAAAUACUUUACUAUAUGUAUUUGACCCACCACUAUCACGUACAGGUGAACAACAAUCUUAUUAUAAGGGACUACAAUUAGCACAAAUAGGUGCAACGGUUGAUUAUUGUUAUUCAUCACCUGCAUCACGCAGUGUCCUCACAGCAAAUGCCAUAUUAAAAGGUAUGAAUCGUAGUCAUAUACCAUUGCGUCUUGAACCUUAUUUAUUUGAACCAAUGAAUUGGAAUUCAGCGCUUUUAUUACUUGAUCGAAUAAGUCCAUUUUUAUCAACCGGUGAUUGGCAGCGAACAGGUUAUAAUAUUGAUCGACGUUAUCAACGUCUUAGCAAUUAUUUAAAUCCACAUGAAACUGAAACAGAUUAUUAUCAUCGAAGUCAAGAAUUUUUUGCAUCAAUUGAACGUCAUCAUGGUAAAAUAUUAUCUCCGGCUUAUAGUGGACUUAUUCCACGACGACGUAAAACUAUACUUAUUGUUGGACAUGCAUCAUCAACAGAAAUGUUUUCAACUAUUGCAUUAGGAAAACAUUUUAAUGCAAAAGAUUUUACUGAUCAAUGUACUAAAGUUCCAUAUUUGCAUACAGCUAUUCUUGAACGUGAUGCAACCAAUCAUCAGUGGCGUAUACGUCAUGUUAUGAAUUUUGUUUAA